GAGAGAGGGGUUGGUUGGAGAGUCCGGGAGAAGAGAAAAAGGAGAGGGGAAGAGAGAGAGGGAGUGGUGGUGAGUCAGCGGAGUGAUGGAAGGAGAGGGAGAGGGAGAGGGAGAGGGAGAGAGUGGAAGAGAGAGAGAAGAAUGAAGUAGACUCAGUCUGGUGCGAGGCUGGUUUCAGGAAGAGAGAGAGAAGAGUGAGUGGGUGGGCAGGAGACGCCAAGGCGAAGAGAGAGAGAGAGAGAGAGAGAGAGAGAGAGAGAGGUGGGAGAGAGAUUUGCCGAUCUUCAGUCCACAGCUCCAGAGAGCGGAGCUGUGAAAGAGAGACCAGAAACAGAGAGAACUAGCCACCCACUCAUGGACGAACCUGACGCGACCCCAAUUGCAUCCCACCCACCGGCCACCACACAGAGCCGCGCGCUCUCUCUGGCCCUCACCUCCACCAAGCAACAAGAUGGCACCAUAACCACGACACCCACCUCUAAUGGUCGAGAAGAUUGCUGGAGCGAAGGAGCCACUCUCACUCUAGUCGAGGCAUGGGGCGAGCGGUACCUCCACCUUAACAGAGGAAACCUCAAGCAGAAGCAUUGGAAAGAAGUUGCAGAAGCUGUAAAUUCUCGACAUUCAACAUCAUCUCGAUCCUUCAAAACUGAUAUCCAAUGCAAGAACAGAAUUGAUACUCUGAAGAAGAAGUUCAAGCUUGAGAAGGCGAAAAUUAUCGCCUCUAAUGGUGCCUACACCCCCAAAUGGCCCUUCUAUGCUCGCCUUGAUUACCUUAUAGGUCCAUCUAAAAAGUCCCAAAAGCUCGUUUCUCGUGUAACAAGGGCUCCUGUGACUUUUACAGUAAAACCCGUCAAAGAGAAGCCACCCCUAGUUGCAGAUGCCAUAAAUGGGUCACCUUUGGGUAGAGGAAUUGCAAGCUCUGGUGAUUCCAGAGACUCGACUGAGAGUUGUCCUGGUCGAUCGAAUGGGUUCUCUGAACCUAGAGCAGCUUUUAGAGAGCUUGCUCGAGCAAUUGCUCGGUUUGGUGAGAUAUAUGAGAGGGUUGAGACUUCAAAGCAACAACAGCUUGUAGAUUUGGAAAAACAGAGGAUGGAGUUCACUAAGGAGUUGGAAUAUCAGAGGAUGCAGAUGUUUGUGGAUGCUCAGCUCGAGCUCAAGAAGAUGAAGAGGGCCAAGCAUGGUGGCUCUGAUGCAUUUCAAUCUGCAAAUGAUGAUACCUUUUCAGCAAAUCAAUGGGUUUUUAGUGGCUGGAUGCAGAAUGUUGUUGAAGUUAUUGAUAAAAGCUGAUCACAUUAGAAGGUUACAUGUAGAAAAUCCUGAACGGCUGUUAGAUGAAAAGACUAUAUACAUCAAGGCGAUGCUUAUCCAUGUUCGACAUGGGGUGAAGAGAGCACAUCAAUGCUGUUGGAAUAAUUGUAUGAUAGCCUUUAUCAAUGUAACUUGUUGAAGUUUUGACUUCAUCAACUAAUCCCAAUCUUGUAGGGAUUCUGCUCAUAGCUGUAACAUAUCCCUUUUGUUGAAAAACGUGUUCCUCUUCUUAUACCAUAAACAGCCCUCUCAUCCUGCCACCUUAGGUAUUGUUCAGUAAACUUAUUUAGUAAGAUCUUGGGGGUAGAUGGUAGCUGUUCCAUAAAUCUCAAUACAGAAACCUAUAAAUUCAGAAAGCAGCAAUUGAUCAAUCCA